UAGAGUUUAAAUGAGAGAAAGAGUGAGAGAAAAGAGCAAGAGAGAGAGAGGGGGAGAGAGAGGAAUCAAGCAGAGUGAGCUUCCAUCUGCAGCUUGGCUGGGCCCUGCUCUGGGAGAGAGGGAGGGAGGGAGUCAGUCAGGAGACAUGCCUUCUGGCAGGAAUCUAGCUGUAGAGCUGUAGAAGAGACAGCUGUGUUUGGUGGAGGUAUUUUUAAACGCAUCAAUGCUGCUCCAAUCCCCUCGCCUCAGCCCUCCUAUUUAUAGCUGGGGCCGGCCAUUGUUCUAUUUCUGUCACCUGUGGGCCACGCUGUUGUUAAUUCACAUGCAAAUGAAGCUUGCACCCUCUCCGGCUCAAGCAUUACUUUCCUGUGAGAGGUGGACGGGUAAACAGUGCACGGCUUAGCUCAUCUCUGACUAGUACACCCCCCAUUGGAAGGUUGAAACACAGGCAGGCUCACUCUCACCGCUCAGACAUUACUGAGAGAGGAACAGAGAGGAGAAGACAGACAGACGAGAGAGAGAGAUCAGAGGGAAUAAGAGCAGGGUAGUAGCUCAGUGUCACAACAAGAGAAGAGAAUCAGACUGCCAGGCAUCUUCUAACUCUGUCUGAACAGGGACUUCUUGACUGAAGCUCUGUGCUCUAUGGUGCUGUGUAGUCACAGUAUAGUGGGGAAAGCCUCACAGAGGGAGUGUGUGGUGUGGUUAUUGUAUUGCGUUUCAGCACAGCAAGAGAGAGAGAGUUUCCUCAGAGGAAAAGGAGGAGAGCUGUUUCUGUCUCUAGUCUCCGUACGCCGUCGUGGUCGUUCCCCUGAGUGCACUGCUGUGAGAGGGUUGGCUCUUUAGGGACAGGAAGAGCAGGACUUGCGAUGCGACCUGAGCGCUGAGUGGAGUAUGCUACAGACGAUUUACGAGAGCGAGUCAAAUUUCUCCACCACAACAAACAAGCUCGUUGUCCACCAGCAACUCUUGGACCAGCAGAAGAUGCACAACGUUAACUCAGUGGACAUUAAGCCAGAGGUACUUUUGGAUCCCGUGUCUCCGUUGGACCUGCGUACAGACCUGAGGAUGCUGGGGCCUGGCUCAGACCCGGGAAUGUGGGAGCGUCAGUUGCAGCAGGAGCUGCUCCUCAUCCAGAAACAGCAGCAGGUCCAGAAACAGCUGCUGAUCAGCGAGUUCCAGAAGCAGCAUGAGAAUCUGACCCGCCAGCACCAGGCCCAGCUCCAGGAGCACCUCAAGCUGCAACAGGAGCUGCAGGCCAUGAAGCAGCAGCAGGAGCUGGUGGAGAAGGAGAGGAGGCAGCAGCUGCAGCAGCAGCAGAGCCAGCAGGAGAAGGAGCAGGAGAGACAUCGCAGGGAGCAGCAUGUCCUCUGUCUCAGCCUCAGGGGCAAGGAGCGCACCAGAGAGAGUCUCACAGGUGCUGUGGCCAGUAAUGAGGUGAAGCAGAAGCUCCAAGAGUUUCUGUUGAGUAAAUCAAACAAGGACCUGUCUACUGCCGGAGCCACACACAUGCUCAUCCACCACCCCAAGCUCUGGUACACGUCCUCCCACCACACGUCUCUGGACCAGAGUUCUUCUCCCCUGGGAGGCAUGUCUCCUGUCUGCCACUACACACUCCCCUCCCCUCAGGACGGACAGGACGACUUCCCACUGAGGAAAACAGCCUCAGAGCCCAACCUGAAGGUGAAGUCUAGACUGAAGCAGAAGGUAGCAGAGAGGAGGAGUAGUCCACUGCUGAAGAGGAAAGACAGCAACGUCAUGACCCCCUACAAGAAGAGGGCCCUAGAAAUGAUGGACUCUACAGUAACUAACAGUGCCCCAGGCUCAGGACCCAGCUCUCCCAUCGGAGCCUCCAGCGCCCUGGGGGCUGAGAACGGGCCCUCCUCUCUCCCCACCACCACAAAAACCGAGCGCUGGCCAUCACAGCCUAGGUUAUUUCGUCCAGAGGGCUCCAUGUCCAACCUUCUGAGCUUAUACACGUCUCCCUCCUUACCCAACAUCACCCUGGGCCUCUCCGCCACCUCCUCACAGAUCAACGCUGCCAUCGGGCUGAAGGAGAAGACUGGGGAGGUCAGGCAUGGUCUACCAGGGCAGCUCCUGGGGCCUGUGCCCAUGCCCACGGUGACCUCCAUGGAGACCAAGGUGUCCCCCAGCCAUCAGGCUCUGCUCCAACACCUCCUUCAGAAGGAACAGAUAAGACGCCAGAAGAUCCUCUCCUCCUCUGGUCAAGGCUCCAUACCCGCCCACCCCCACUCCCCUCUGGCCAUGAAGGACAGGCCCUCCUCCAACAGCAGACCCAAGCUACCCAAGCACAGGCCCCUGAACCGGACCCAGUCAGCCCCUCUGCCCCAGAGCACCCUGGCUCAGCUGGUCAUCCAGCAGCAACACCAGCACUUCCUGGAGAAGCAGAAACAAUACCAGCAGCAGAUCCACAUCAAUAAGCUGCUGUCCAAGUCCAUCGAGCAACUCCGUCAGCCCAGCUCCCUGGUCAACCCACACCUGCAGGAGUCAGAGGAGGAGGAGGAGGACAACACCCGGAGGAUGGCGGAUGAGAGGAUGGACAUGCAGGAGGACAGGAUGCCCCCUGGUGGCGUGAUCCAGAAACACACCCUUCGCUCCAGCAACAGCAGUGGCAGCAACAGCUCUCUCGGGGAGCUGUCCUCCAUCGUAGAGGCCCACCACCGCCUGGGGGUCAUAAAGGUCAAAGAGGAGCCAAUCGACAGCGAGGACGAGUCCCUGUCCAGUCAGAGCCUAGCGGCGGAGCAGAGGGCCUCACUCCACCAGGUCAAAGGUCAGCUGGUGAUAAGAGCUAUGAUCUGAGGGGGCAGAAGAUGAAGGAGAUCACACACUGCGACAUUCAUAGACGCAUACGUACACACAAAUACACACACAGACACACACACACACACACACACACACACACACACACACACACUGCAGCCAACACACACACAGAGCCGACUAGGACUCCCCAGGCAGUCCUCUCCCUGCCCUGAGAUGUGACGCUGUCUCAGUGAAGUGCAGCCGCACCCCAAACCCCCACCAGACUGACUCUCUGUUUGUGAACUUUGUGAAGUGAUCUGUAAUGUAAAGUAUGUUUCACCGUGCUGUAUAUAACAGGAAGAGUAGAUCUACUAGAAGAGGCUCCUUCUUUUUUUACUUCUAAGGAACAGCUUUGAUUGUUUUCAGGUUCUGCUCAGUUGACAGAAUGUAGUAUGUAUGUAUACAGUAGAUUUAGCGUAAGAGAAUAUUCUAGAAGGGAUGGAAAGUUUAACCGUUGUACAGUUUAUGAAUGCCAUUUUAUGUUCCAAUAGUGUAACAUUUAUGCCAUCAAUUCACUUCAACUUUGACUUGCUGACUGUUGUUGUUUUAUUCAAAUGUCAUAUUCUCCCUCGUUCUCCAAAAAGCUGUGAUGUUCUGUGUUCAGUCGUCUCUGAAAAUGACAUGAAAAUAAGGAAGCAUGCUCAUGUCUGUAUGAGAGAGAAUGUAUUGUUCAGGGAGGGAGGGAGGGAGGGAGGGAGGGAUGGAUGGAUGGAUGGAUGGAUGAUGGAUGGAGGGAGGGAUGGAUGGAUGGAUGGAUAGAUGAUGGAUGGAUGGAUGGUGCAGGCAGUCAGCUCCAUCAGACCAUAGGACCAGGUCUGCUUCUCAAAUGGGCAUCCCUUAGGCCUCAGGUUAAAAGUUCUGUGCUAUAUAGGGAAUAUAGCAAGAAUAAAACAACAAAAUCAUCCUGGUUUGCCACGGUCCUGUGUUGAGAUGCCGUGUCAUCUUCCUGGUUCUCCUCUUCCUCGACCUCCUUUUCCUUCUCUUCCUCCUCCUCCUACCCUCUGGGUCCAAAUCAAAGCUCAGCCAGGUUCCUGCCCAACUUUCAACAGAGGAUUCACUAACAGAGAGAAUGAGAGAGAAAGAGAGGGAGAGGGAGAGAGAGAGAAAUAGAAGAAGAGAAAUAGCGAGAGAGAGAGAGAAGGAGAGAAAGAGAGAGUGAGAGGGAGAGAGAGAGAAGGAGAGGGAGAGAAAGUGAGAGCGAGAGAGAGAGAGAGGAGAGAGAGAGAGAGCGAGAGAGAGAGAGAGAGAGAAAGAAGGAGAGGAGAGGAGAGAGUAGAGGGCGGGCAGGAAAUGCCUUCUAGAAGCCAGGAGUCGGAAUGAUUCAUGUGUGCAGGAAUGUUAGGGGAGAGGAGGACCCAGGGUUGUAGGAGUCCAAGGGGCCAGGCUUGAGAAUUGAUUUACUGUCAAGGCGAAUUACAAAGCGAGUGGGGAUAUGGUUAAGGGAGACCCUUUUUUAAAGGGAAUCGCUUCCUUCCUACUCCCCAGUGACAUGCUUACCUCCACACGCAGGUUUGAUGUUACUUCAAUAAAAUAAAAAACAAGAUGGGACCUCUCUCCUUCUCCCCAUCCCCCACCCCUGACUCCCUCUUGACAUUGCCCCAUGCAACAUGUCGACUCUGGUCUUAAAGUGGUCAAUCAAUGUAUGUAAAGCUGUAACUUUUCUUUCCUGUUUUGUUUGUCUUGUCAAUGUAUAAAAUAUGACUAUGGGGUUCUGUGUUUGGGUUCCUGUGAAAGACAUAAACUAUGUCUGUCAGUUUGUCUGUCUGCCUGUCUGACUCAUACUGUACAUUUAGCUCAGCCCAUUCUAAUGUUUGUAGUGUAAAAAUCACUUUCAAUUGGAACAAUGUCAGUCUUGUUCUCUUGCUUCUUUGAUUGGGCUGUAACGGGGCCCCUUCUCUACCCGUGGGGGGUCCCAGGAUUCUGUUCAUAGCUGUUUGCGUUUGUUCUCCUUUUUUCUGCUUUGUGCUACAAACCUUUCUUUUAUAAAAUAAAGUUCAUUCCCCAACUGUGCAA